UCUAAUGAGCUCUUCCUCCUGCAGCCUGGGAGUGUUUCAUGGUUUGAGCCGCCGCUCCACCGAGCUGACAGGAAAACCGGAGAGGAGGGGCCCUGCAGACAAACCGACGGCGAGAAGGAGGCUAAGUGAUAAGAAACCCACCGUCCAGAAGGCUGAGAGGAGGAGAAGCUUUAAACCAGAAUCUCCGAACUCCUCCUUUAACUCCACCAUCCAGCCUCCAUCUCCUCUAACCGGACCGGUGACCCGUUAACGGCUGCGGGUCGCCACAUCUCCGGACCUCCUCUCUCUUCCGUCACGUUACCGGGAGCAUCAUGUGAUCGAUCGCUGCUUCCUGGACCCGCCGCUGGAGGGAAGGUUCACCCGGAGCUCCGUCCCGGUGCUCAGAUCCGGAGGAGGAGGAGGAGGAGAAGGAGGAAGGGCAGAGGAACGGAAGAGCGGAUUCAGGAGCUCCGGGAGUCCCGUCGCGAUGCGUGGAUGCUGCUCGGAGACGCUCCGCCGGUCUCCGGAGCGCACGAGGCGGUUCCAGCGCACCGACGGUCCGCAGCACCGGGAGGCUCGCGGCCGCUGAUUCGCAGCUCCGGGAGCGCGGCUCGGUUCGAUCCGGGAGGCUGCGGCGCGUCCCUGCGGAUCCACCGGGAGGCAUCUAUGCAAUUUCAUCCCGACUUUUCUUUCUACGAUGAGCACAGAGGAGGGAGAGGAGGAGAGGGGAGGCGCCGCCGUCCCCCACCGACACACCUGGGAGGAGAAGGAGGGAGAGGACGGAGAACCGCACGGCGCCCAAGGACGUCCGCGCUCCGGCGACGAGGACGAGGCGCCGCGGGGAGAGCGGGAGGACUGCGGGGAGGCGUGUGGGGGCCCCGGGGGCAGCGGGGGGGAUUUCUCCGGGGAGGACGGAUCCUGCAAGCCGCAGACGAUGAAUUCAAACUGCAGCAGCGAGACGUGCAUCCCCACGCCGAGCUGCAGGAUCUGCUUCCAGGGCGCAGAGCAGGGCGACCUGUUGAACCCGUGCCGGUGUGACGGCUCGGUCCGCUACACCCACCAGCACUGCCUGCUGAAGUGGAUCAGCGAACGAGGCUGCUGGACCUGCGAGCUCUGCUGCUAUCGCUUCCACGUCAUCGCCAUCAACAUGAAGAGGCCGUGGCAGUGGCAGUCCAUCACCAUCACGCUGGUGGAGAAGGUGCAGAUCAUCGCUGUGUUCCUGGGCUCCCUGUUCCUGGUGGCCAGCAUCUCCUGGCUCCUGUGGUCGGCUCUCAGUCCUCAGGCCAUCUGGCAGCGCCGAGACGUCCUCUUCCAGAUCUGCUACGGCAUGUACGGCUUCAUGGACCUGGUCUGUGUCGGCCUGAUUGUCCAUGAGGGGGCAGCAGUGUACAAUGUCUUCAUGCGCUGGCGAGCUGUGAACCUCCACUGGGAUGUCCAGAGCUACGACAAGGCCAAGGACAUGGAGGAGACAAGCACCGGUCAGUCUUCGUUGGCCCCCAGGACGCUUUGGCUGCCUCUGGCCACCUUCGGCCCCAGCGGCCCCUUACACCCCACCCAGCUGGGCUCACAGCCAUGGACCUGCCUCUGUCUGGGGCCCUUCUGCCCUGGACUGGUGGCCCGGAACAACCUCAGCCAGGACACUGACUCAGGGGAGGUUGUGAUUCGUGUAACAUCGGUGUGAACACUAAGCGGUGUUUAUGCAGGAACAAAACAUCUGACGGAAACAACCUGAGCUACGCUGGGAACUUCACACAAUCGGAUUUUUGUUAGGAGGUUUUCUUGUUCCUAAAUGUUCUCCUAAUUGGUUCUAAAAAGUUCCUCUUGUCUGGGGCCGGUCCUCAAGCCAACCUUUAGGUGACUCAUAUGUUGUGUUGGUUCCUUUUUGUUUUCCUCUGUUAGUUUUGUGGACAUGAACCCUCACAUCCGCCUUUUCUUUUCUCAGACUAAUGUACAGCGUGGAACAGAAGGAAGAGAUGGAAAAGAUGAUCAGGUUUACAACUUCAUCUCGUGAUGGUUGACUGAGUUUUAAAGCACACUGGUCCAUAGAGCACCGUGUUCCCGAAAUUUAGCUUUACUGACUGAUUUUUACUGACUUAUUUGAAGCAUCCGUCUAUAUUGACUUUCUGAGAUACUUCUGCAUUGCUUAGCAUUGGAUAUUUGGGAUCCUUCAGAGAAAUCAGAGUAAAAGGUGAGAACUACCAACAUUAGCACAUGACAUAUACUACUGUUCAAAAGUUUGGGGUCAUACAGACAUUUCCAUGUUCUCCAUGAAAACUUCUACUUUUAUCCAUGUUCUAACAUAACUGCACAAGGGUUUUCUAACCAUCAAUGAGUCUUUCAACACCAUUAGCUAACACAAUGUAGCAUUAGAACACAGGAGUGAUGGUUGCUGGAAAUGUUCCUCUGUACCCCUAUGGAGAUAUUCCAUUAAAAAUCAGCUGUUUCCAGCUAGAAUGGUCAUUUAUCACAUUAACAAUGUCUACACUGGAUUUAUCAUUCAUUUCAUGUUAUCUUCAUUGAACAAAACUGCUUUUCUUUCAACAAUAAGGACAUUUCUAAGUGACCCCAAACUUUUGAACGGUAGUGCAAACGUAGCGUUAGGGCUGAAACUGUCAAUGCUACACAGAUGACAGGUUACUGUAAAUGUAUGAUGGGCUUCCAAGAAAAACUGCUAACAACUUGGUACUAAUUCAAGACAAACAGAGAACAGCUUUCAAUAAUAAUUUGGGCUAAAGUGGGGCAGUUACACUUAGGAUGCUAACAGUAGAGUAUUAGCAUGCUGACAUACUAAAAUUUUACUGUUAGCAUGUUAGCAUGCUACUAUUAGCACAUAGACAUGAUCACAGCAAGCUUUCAGACAUGCUAAUGUUCAGUGUAAUGUUUACUGUGCUGUUCCUAGCAUGCUAACAGUAAAAUGCUAACAUGCUAACAUACUGGCACUUUACUGUUAUCAUGUUAGCAUGCUACUAUUCACGAUUGGACAUGAUAACAGUUAGCAUUCAGACAUACUAAUGUUCAGCAUAAUGGUUAUUGUGCCAUUGCUAGCAUGAUAACAGUAAAAUGCCACAAUGCUAAUACUUUACUGUUAUCAUGUUAGCAUGCUAUUAUUGGCACAAAGACAUGAUCGCAGUUAGCAUUCAGACAUGCUAAAGUUCAGUGUAAUGGUAAGCAUGUUAAAAUGCUGGAUUUUAUUGUCAUUGUUAGCAUGUUAACACUGAAGGAGGUUGUUUUACUUUUAUUUUUUAACAGAGUGCUUUCUAAAAACUGCUAACCUGUGCAUUCAUGUCCUGAUUUAUGUUUUCUACAAAUAUGAUCUUUUGGUAAAUGGACAAACAGGACUCUCAAAUUAGCCAGAUAGCAACAGAGCACAAACAAACUGAUGUCAGCAAGAUACUGAGGUUUUAGGUUAACAAAACGAUGCAGCAAAUAUGAAUGUUUUUCUUUUUUAAUGUUCUAGUUAAAUGUUCCGUUUUAGCGCUGGUAUCGGCUGGCAUGUCGAUACGUGUUCAGCACCGCGGUGUUAGCUGGGUGACUGAUCCUCAGAUAUUUUGUGCCGGUAUAAACGCGGCUGUUGAAAUCGUGGUUUUCUGUCUGUAUACCAUUCUGUUGAGCUUCCGGGAGCCCUGUGGUGUUUGGGUCGUGGGGUUUUGGGGGGUUUGGGACUCUGUUCUCGACCCGGGUCAUUUGGGUCGUUUCAUUUUUUUGGUGCCUUAGGAGGCCGGGUGUCGACGUCGCAAUUCGCAGCACAGAAAUGACUUGAAUGUGACUUUUGCUGUUGGCUGCAUUUCUAUUUCUUUUGAAUGUAACAUGGAUGUAAUGUAUAAAGAAUAUUUAUAUACA